UGUCUAUUUUUUUAUAAUAGUUUUAAUUUAUAUAAAUUUCAAUCUAAUUUUUUGUAUCUGUCCUAUUAAAUGACCCAGGAUUUUGGGGGCCUUUUUUUAUGAUUCAACUAUUGUCUUAUCUGUCGAGAUAUACGGGGUAUUUACAUCAUAGGUAAUUCACAAUAGAUUCAUUUGUUAACAAAAGUCAUGAGGUUGUGGUUGUAACUGAUAAAUUUGAAAAUUAAUUAUCCAUAGUAUAUAUAUUUAUUUUACAAAGCUACAGUUUCCUUUAUGUAUAGUUUUAAUAAAAUUCAUGUUUGGCCCAAGAUUAGGUCAAGUGUGAAUCAAAACAGUGUUCUAUGUAUGGCCCAUUAAUAUAGAAAGGUUGCUUAUGUGUGGUAUAAUCAAACAAUGAGAUGAAAGAAUUGAAAAUGUUUUAAUUUUGACUCCCUAAAUUUUGUUAGUGGUGGUGGUAAUUUAUUUAAGAUAUUAAAAUGGAAUCACUAAUUAGAUAGAAAAUAUUUUUUAGACAUUUGAUAAUUUCAACUGCAAGAAAAGUUGUUGAUUAUUUAUGUACCAAAAUAAAUUUAUUUAGAUUUUUGUUUACAUUUCUUUAGAAUGAAAGUAAACAAGAAUUGUGUUUUAUUACAUAAUAAUAAUUAAAUUAAUUUGAAUAUUUAGGGUUGUGAUCGACAGGCUCUGGUUUGGGAUAUGCGUACUGGUCAGUGUGUGCAAUCUUUUGAAGGACAUGAAGCUGAUAUAAAUACUGUAAAAUUUUAUCCUAGUGGAGAUGCUAUUGCUACAGGUUCUGAUGAUGCAACGUGUCGAUUGUUUGAUUUACGAGCAGAUAGAGAAGUAGCUGUAUAUUCAAAGCAAAGUAUUAUAUUUGGUGUCAAUUCUGUUGAUUUUUCUGUUAGUGGUAUGUAUAAUCUGUUUUUUAAUCUCUAUUAAAUCAUUUAUCUAUUAUUAUUAUUAUGCGGAGUUUAGUGAAUUAUACUCAGUACACACCGGUGGCUGUGUACUAUGCCGGACCUGAGUCAAGACAAAGCAACCAAAACAAAACUAAAAUUAAAUAAGUGUGCCAGUGUCUGU